AUGGGCAUAACAAUGUUUGCCACUAUUGAGAAGUGCACAUCAGAAGGACGAGAAAAGGAUACAGUAGUAGCUAACUUGGAUGGAACUUUGCUACGAAGUCGAAGCUCUUUCCCUUAUUUUGCCCUGGUUGCUUUUGAUCUUUGUGGGGUCUUAAGGUUACUAUUUCUUCUUUUAGCUUCACCUCUUGCCGGGAUUCUUUAUUAUUUCAUCUCGGAGUCAGCUGGAAUUCAAGUUCUUAUAUUUGCAACGUUUGCUGGGAUGAAGGUUUCUGACAUAGAAUCAGCAGCACGUACUGUGCUGCCAAAAUUCUAUUCAGAGGACCUUCAUCUUGAGUCUUGGAGAGUGUUCUCAUCGUGUGGGACACGAUGUGUUUUGACGACAAACCCUAGGAUUAUGGUGGAACCAUUUUUGAAAGAUUACUUGGGGGUAGAUAUGGUUUUAGGAACUGAGAUUGAAAUAUAUAAAGGUAGGGCAACUGGUUUUGUCCGGUCUCCAGGAGUUCUUGUUGGGAAGAAAAAGGCCGAUGCUCUGAGAAAGGCCUAUGGAGAGAUUCAACCUGAGAUUGGGUUGGGUGAUUCGGAUAGUGAUAUUCCAUUCAUGACUUUGUGUAAGGAGUACUACUUGAUUCUAUCAAGGCCGAAAGUAAAGGCUGUAACUACAAAUAAGCUUAACAAGCCCAUUAUCUUCCAUGACGGUCGCCUGGUCCAAAGACCAACACCCUUAAUGGCUCUUAUCAUCAUUUUUUGGAUCCCAUUCGGCUUUCUCCUUGCAUGUGUGCGGCUUAGUACCAUGUCACUCCUCCCUAUGCACCUUCAGUGCUAUGCAUUUUGGGUCAUCGGCAUCCGUCUUACCAUUAAGGGCAUCCCACCACCCCCUAUAAUGAAAUCUAGAGACCAAUCAGGCGUACUCUUUGUUUGCUGUCACAGGACUCUUUGCGAUGCUGUUUUUCUCUCUGCAGCGUUGGGUCGCUCUAUCACAGCUGUUACAUACUCUCUUUCACGAUUUUCUGAGAUCAUUGCACCCAUUAAAACAGUUAGACUCACAAGAGAACGAGCUUCUGAUACAUCCAUUAUAAAACAACUGUUAAAAGAAGGUGAUCUCACAAUUUUCCCAGAGGGUACUACAAGUCGUGAACCAUAUCUUCUUAGGUUCUCAUCAUUAUUUGCUGAGUUAACUGAUGAGUUUGUGCCAGUGGCAAUGGUGAAUAAGAUGAGCAUGUUUCAUGGUACAACAGCUAGAGGGUGGAAAUGGAUGGACAUGUUUUUCUUUUUCAUGAACCCACGUCCUACAUAUGAAAUUACAUUCUUGAAUAAAUUAUCACACGAGUUCACUUGUAAGUCGGGGAAAUCAAGUCAUGAAGUUGCUAACUACAUUCAGAAGGUUAUUGCUGAAGCUCUUUCAUAUGAGUGCACUACUUUUACCAGGAAGGAUAAGUAUAUGGCUCUUGCAGGAAACGAUGGCACAGUUGUGAAGAAUCCUUGAAUCAAGGCUAAUAAUAUAAUUGAGUUUUGAUUAUCCUUUUCAACAAUGAUGCAAAAAGAUUACGUACCAGAAAUAUUAUGAAAAUGAUGGCUCUGUUGCUUAUA